AUGCCAACCAUCAGCUUCAAUGACAGCACCGUAAAUCACCAAACCUUUGUCCUCGUUGGCAUUCCUGGCAUGGAAGAGCGCAACUCUUGGAUGGCCUUCCCUCUCUGCCUGCUCUACAUCCUAACUUUCUUUGGAAAUGUUGUGAUCCUCUUUGUCAUCAAGACAGAGCAAACCCUCCACGAGCCCAUGUACCUCUUCCUCUCCAUCCUCGCCUGCUCGGAUCUGGGCCUCGCCAUUUCUACCAUGCCCACGAUGCUGGGUGUUUACUGGUUUGACUCCAGAGAAAUCUCAUUCAAUGCCUGCAUCACUCAGAUGUUCUUCAUCCAUAUGUUUCAGUGGUUAGAAUCUGGCAUCCUUGUGGCAAUGGCUUUUGACCGAUUCGUUGCCAUACGCGACCCCCUGAGAUAUACCUUAAUUCUCUCAAAUACGGUAAUUCUAAAAAUAAGCAUAGCUAUCUUAUCCAGAGCAUUCUGCCUCCUCUUCCCAAUCCCUUUCCUUAUUAAACGGUUGCCUUUCUGCAAGUCCAAUGUCCUCUCUCACACCUAUUGUCUCCACCCCGAUACAAUGAAAUUAGCCUGUGCAGACAUAACGGUCAAUAUACUGUAUGGUUUGAUUAUCGUUGUUAGCACGUUGGGGUUGGAUGUCGUGGUCAUUCUUAUCUCGUACAUCCUGAUUCUGCAGACUGUUUUGAGCAUCGCUUCCCACACAGAGCGUCUGAAGGCCCUGAACACCUGUGUCUCCCACAUAUGCGCCAUCCUUAUUUUCUAUAUUCCAAUGCUUGGCGUCACGGCGGUUCAUCGCUUUGGAAGACACCUGUCUCCCAUUCUGCACAUGCUAAUGGCUAACGUCUACAUUGCAGUCCCGCCAGUUCUCAAUCCCAUUGUGUACAGUGUGAAAACCAAGCAGAUUCGGCAACGGAUUUGCAAAAUGUUCCAGUAA